AAGGGAGAUCGCGAAGGUGGCGGAUGCACAGUUGCGCACCGUCUAUCCGUCGGUACGGUACGCGCGGCAACGGUAUUUCGUGUUCGGUACCACUCGGCGCCAAAGAAGCAACAGUUAUGCCCUCGAAGAUCGUUGCACCGUUGGCUGUCGAUCCGCUGCACCAUUGAAUUUCGUCGCGCGGCGUGCGUGCGUACGUAUGGCGUAUGGCUUACCCUAUGGCAUGGCAUCGCGGGACGUCGCACUGUGCAUCUUUAUCGCAGCUUUUCUCCACGUUAGUCUCGGUCAAACGCCGCCCAAGUCCGAGGUCCUGCCCGAAUUUCUGGCACUCUUGGAGAACCACACGGUUACUCAAGGUCGUGACGUCUCCUUCACCUGCGUCGUUAAUCAUCUUCAAUCUUACAAGGUCGCCUGGAUAAAGUCGGAUUCGCGAGCGAUUUUGGCUAUUCACACUCACAUGGUGGCGCACAACCCGCGCUUGUCCGUCACUCACAAUGGCCAUAAUACAUGGAAGUUGCACGUGACCAACGUUCAACCGAACGACUCCGGCACGUACAUGUGUCAAGUUAAUACGGAUCCUAUGAGGAGCCAGACCGGAUACAUGGAGGUUGUAAUACCGCCUGACAUUAUGGACUUGGAUGAUACAGCGGAUCUUCUGACCACCAAGGAGAACGGCGAUCUACGAUUGCGAUGUCAAGCUACCGGUACUCCGAAACCAGUGGUGAUCUGGCGACGGGAGGAUGGUAGGAACAUCACGCUGAGGAACGAGCACGGCAUUAAACGAACAACGCGAACGUACGAGGGUGAGCAGCUUCAUCUGAAGGGCGUUCAACGACAGGAGAUGGGAUCUUAUCUCUGCAUCGCGUCAAACGGAGUGCCGCCAUCGGUCAGCAAGAGAUAUUACGUCAAUGUCCGUUUCAAACCGGUGAUUAAAGUCCCAAACCAGUUAGUAGCUGCGCCCGUCGACAGCGACGUGCUUCUUCAAUGCUACGUGGAGUCCUCGCCGAAAGCAUUGAACACAUGGUACAGAAAUAAUGAAUUAUCCACUUUAGCAGCCAAACUUCUGGAAGACGAGAAAUACGACAUAUCCGAAGUAACCAUCAAUGACUAUGCAUAUCAAUUAAAUCUCACUAUCAGACGCCUAAACCGAACUGAUUUCGGCACUUACGCAUGUUCCGCUGAGAACGCUUUCGGAAAAGCAGAUGGAUCUAUUAGAUUACAAGAACUACAUAGACCAACGAUAGCGUCCACAAGUCAAACCGAGGUUCUCGAGAAGCAUACCUGGCGAAAACAGACGGAGAAGAAGGGAAAGAAGUACUCACAUGCAAUCGACAGGCCAGAGACUGACUUAAUUCAGAAGACUGUGGGCCACACCACGCCGAUGUCCAGGAGGAACGCGAGCUCCUCAUCGAAUAUCGCGAAUAAGUCGAGGAUUUCCUCGUUUCCGGCGCCAGCGCCGGCACCGGCACAUUCGGCGCCGAAGCAAGUCGCUACCCAAAACGGUGUUAAACCGUCACACGAUUCACGAUUAUGUUUCAUCGGUCUCAGCAUGGUGAUUUUGUUAAUUCUAACUUGCAACUAAUAAGAAUAAAAUUUUUCCCGACGAUGAGAUUCAAUUGCAAAACUGCAAUCAGACUGUUUAUAAUGAUUUUGAGAUUGCUAAAGGGUACACACGAUAAAAUAAUAUUUGACUGACAUUAACAUAAUUUUUUACUCCAUCGUAAGAAGAAUAUAUCUUUCUUUUGACAUCAAGAAGCUUGAAAGAAUGUGGAACAUGGAAAACAUCGAUGCGUUGCUGUAAAUAUGAAAACAUUUUUAUGACAAUAAAUGUAGUUACAUAUAUCCGAAAAGUAGACGCUCACGCUGUUAAAAAUGCACGCUUCUAUCUGUCAUUUUCUCGAAUAUGUUGCAGAAAAAGAUAUUGUUCGAAAUAAACUCAAGUUUGCAUAUAAGAAUCGAUAAAUUUAAAAUAUACAAUUCCUUCCAUGAGAAAGAAACCAUUGCUUUAUAUAUAAUUUAUACAUAACUUUUAAUACUUGUUACGAUGAAGAAAUAUUGUUCCAAUUUGUUUGCGUAACACGAUACAUUUAUAAGCAAUAGAUAUACAUACAUUGAUAAAUUAAAUAAAGAGGGGUCCAUACCAAAAAUCAACUGAAUUGGAAAUUCAGUCUGAGUUGGUCUCUAGAAACUGACUGAAAUAAAUUUAUUCGUUCUUUAGGAACAAUUGUAUUUAUCCCUAACAAGAUUUGUGACAUUCGUGUAUAUACGUAUGACAAUAAAUGUUGUUUCUACUAUCAUUCA